UGAGUACGAUCCUGUUUUCAUUAAAAAUCUUACCCAUGUUAGGAGAUAAAAGCGUUUGUUGUUGUUUUAACCCUGUGUGGAACUCUGUCAGCAUAGAAGAGCUUCUUGCAAAGCUGAUUUUAUUUUUGUUUAAUUUUCCCAUCUUUUCAACAUGAAACAAAGGCGACCUCAGACAUGGAGAGGCUGGAUACAAUGGAUUACAUUCACGAUGAUUGUAGUGCAAUUUUGGAGCUGUUCCUCGGCACAAUUUCGUUAUUCUGUUUUCGAGGAAGUUCAAGAAGGAACAAUUGUGGGCUAUAUCGCAAAGGAUUUGGGCAUUGAUAAGAAUACGAUGAGAGAGAGGACUAUACGUAUUGUUUACGGAUCGACGGAGCCGCCUUUUAUGGUAAACCAAAAUGAAGGUGUCUUGUAUGUGGACCGUAAAAUUGACCGAGAAGAAAUGUGCGAUAGAAGCAAGGCUUGCGUGCUUAAUUUAAAAGCGGUGCUUCAAAACCCGCUAGAAAUUCACCACAUCAGUGUGGAGAUUAUGGAUGUAAAUGAUCACGCACCAUUCUUCCCUCAUAAUGAAAGCGUGUUGGAAAUUUUUGAAUCUGCUUUGCGAGGAGCAAAAUUCCAACUGCAGGAUGCACGUGAUGCGGACAGUGGUUUGUUAUCCGUUCAGCAGUAUAAGUUAAGUAACAACGAACAUUUUCGUUUAGAGGUGAAAGAUCGAGGGGAGGAUCGUAAAACACCCAUACUGGUUCUUGAAAAACCACUUGACAGGGAAUCGGUUGAAACCCAUAUAUUGCUUCUGACAGCAUUAGAUGGAGGCAAGCCUCCAAAAUCUGGUAACAUGACAAUAGUUGUUAAAGUUUCCGAUGUUAAUGAUAAUCCACCAGUUUUCAGUCAGGAAAUAUAUACUAUUUCGCUAAAAGAAAAUUCUCCUGUUGGGACGACUGUGAUCCAAAUUAAUGCAACAGAUUUAGAUGAGGGUUCAAAUGGGGAGGUAAUAUAUUCAUUUGGCAGUCACUUAGAUACACAGGUACAUGCACGUUUUGGUUUAAAUUCUGUGACUGGUGUUAUUGUUGUGACUGGAACGCUAGAUUUCGAAGAAUGUAGCCGAUAUGAAAUUGAUGUCCAGGCAUCUGACAAAGGCGCAGCGACAUUAAAAACAGAUAAAACUGUUGUCAUUAAUUUGGUCGAUAUGAACGAUAAUGAACCAGAGAUUGAAGUGACAUCAUUUUAUCAUGCACUUCCAGAAGAUUCGAAACCAGGGACAACAGUGGCGUUGAUUAGUUUAAAAGAUGUUGAUUCUGGUCUAAACGGCAAAGUUAUGUGUUACAUAAACAAAGACCUCCCAUUUAUACUAACGCCUUUGGAAAACAAUGUAUAUUCUCUUGUAACUAAAUCAAUUUUGGACAGAGAAAAAGAAUUUCAAUACGAUGUAUUAGUCAUUGCAAAAGAUGCAGGGGAAAUAUCUUUAUCAUCAGAAAAGAAUAUACCAAUCCUAGUGAAUGACAUAAAUGACAACAUCCCGGAAUUCCAUCGAAAUCCCUAUAUUUUCUAUCUAAGAGAAAAUAACACCCCAGGAGAAAAUAUUUUUUCAGUGUCGGCAGGUGAUAAUGAUGAAGGGAGUAAUGCAGUUAUUUCGUAUUCUAUAUUAAGGGAUAAAGAAAGAUCAAACAUAGUUACAUCUUUUCUGAAUGUUAACUCUGAAACUGGAGAAAUUCUGGCACUUAAAAGUUUCGAUUUUGAAAUCUUAAAAACGUUUCAGUUCCAAGUUCUUGCCACUGAUUCUGGGACUCCAUCUUUGAGCAGCAACGUCACAGUAAAAGUGUUCGUUCUGGAUCAGAACGACAACGCUCCAGUCAUUCUGUAUCCACUCAGCUCCAACGGUUCUGCUGAAGGUGUGGAGGAGAUUCCCCGCAAUAUUUGGAUCGGCGUUACAGCACAGUUCCGUUAUUCCGUCUUCGAGGAAGUUUCAGAUGGAACAGUUGUCGGGAAUAUUGCGAAAGAUUUAGGACUCGAUAAGACAAUGCUGAAAGAGAGGGGGAUCCGUAUUGUUUACGGGUCGACUGAGCCUCCCUUUAUGGUGAAACAAGAUGAUGGUGUCUUAUAUGUGAGAAGCAAAAUUGACCGGGAGGAAAUCUGUGAUCGAAAGAAGGUUUGCGUGAUUGACAUAAAAACGGUGCUUCAGAACCCGUUGGAGAUACAUCAUGUCGCUGUGGAGAUUCUGGAUGGCCCAUAG